UUCUUCUUCUUCUUCUUUAUCUUAUUAUUAUUAUUAUUAUUAUUUUUUUAUCUGGUGAUCCUUGGUUAAUACUUACUGAUACUUUCCCAGUGAAAUUCUACAUUUUUUUUUGGAGCUGUUUCUAGUUGGGUUUGUAGCCUCUGCGCUUUGUUUUUCCUCAGUCUGAUUUUACAGUUUUUGUGGGGUUCAAUAUUUUGAUAUCUAUUGUAUUUUAUUGAUAUGUAGGAACAUAUAUAAAGCUCUAUGCUUUUCUUGUGGGUGCUUAAUGUUUCUUUAUGAUCUUCUGUUUUCUUUUCCAGAUUGUCUGAAGUUGUUGAUAUUGAAUUUCUUUUCUCUGUGUGUUUUAUGUAUUAAAUUUAGCACCUUGGGUGUUCUAGUGAGCGUUCAUUUUGAAAGAGAAGUUGCAAUCUUUUCCCCUGUGCAUUGUACCCAUUUUGUUCAUUUCCUUGCCGUUUGGUGUUUAAUAUAAUAAAGUUGGUCCUUUUUACUUUCUUUGUUUUUAGCUGAGCCAACUUUUCAAUAACCCCAGUAGAAAUUGGAUGGGCAAGAGUUGGCUAGAUUAAUAUACGUGGAGGCUUGGAGUUGUUAUACAUUUCGAACAGUUCAAAUUGGGCAAACUAGCUUUUGGUGCCUCUUUGUACGGUUCUUUUGGCUGGUAGACUAGACGCGUGUAUUUUUUGAUUUAGACGUUAUCAAACAGGCUUCAGAUAUGUUGAGCCACUUUUUUGAGGACAACUUUUUAACAGUCCAGGUUUCAGAACAAUCAUGUUUUCCUUAUUUAGGUUCUAAUUCCUAUUUUCCCGUAUCAAUUUUAAAACCUUAAGAACAUGAGCCCACAUGCAUACAUCUCUAAGACUCUUAUUUGACAUUGAUGAUUAGCUCUGGAAGCAUCAACCUUGCAGUUAGCUGUCUAGAUUGUGCUCACAGGUUUCUUUCUGACUUCUAGAGUUCCCUUUAUUUGGAAUUUUUGAGUGUCUUUCCCGUUUGUCCUCUGUGAUGGCCGUAUAUGAAUAUAUGGCAAGUACAAUCUGAUUUUUCUUUGUGGGGUUAAAGCAACAGCAAUGCUGUUUUAGUUAUCAUCUUUAAAUUAAUAAUAUAUGUAGCUACAUCAACUGGACCUCAUCUAGUUACAAGCCCAUGCCAUAACUAGACAUUUGGUACUGUUGCUGAAAGAUUCGCUUAUAGUUAGCUGUAGUCUAACUCGUCUAACUCCUUGGCGUGUAUAAGCUUUUUCAUAUCUUUAAUUUUAUUAUGACUUUUCCAGUUACAGACUCUGAGAAGGAAGACUGAUAGAAAGUCAGAUGGAGCAGUAUGAAAUUCUGGAGCAGAUUGGGAAAGGUUCUUUUGGCUCUGCUCUUCUUGUAAGGCAUAAGCAUGAAAAAAAGAAGUAUGUCCUGAAGAAGAUCCGCCUGGCUCGCCAAACUGAUAGAACCCGCAGAUCUGCCCACCAGGAGAUGGAGCUUAUUUCAAAAGUAAGAAAUCCAUUUAUUGUAGAGUAUAAAGAUUCGUGGGUAGAAAAGGGCUGUUUUGUAUGCAUUAUUAUAGGAUAUUGUGAAGGGGGAGACAUGGCAGAAGCUAUAAAAAGGGCCAAUGGGGUUCAUUUUCCUGAAGAGAAACUUUGCAAGUGGCUGGUUCAACUCCUGAUGGCACUUGAUUAUUUGCAUGCUAACCAUAUUCUUCAUCGUGAUGUCAAGUGUUCAAAUAUAUUUUUGACAAGGGAUCAAGACAUUCGAUUAGGUGAUUUUGGCCUUGCCAAAAUGUUGACUUCUGAUGAUCUUGCUUCCUCUGUUGUGGGAACUCCUAGUUAUAUGUGUCCUGAACUUCUUGCUGAUAUACCUUAUGGUUCCAAGUCUGACAUUUGGUCUUUAGGAUGCUGUAUUUAUGAAAUGGCCGCUCACAAGCCUGCAUUUAAAGCCUUUGAUAUGCAAGCUCUAAUCAACAAAAUAAAUAAGUCUAUAGUAGCUCCACUUCCAACCAUGUACUCUGGUCCAUUUCGAAGUCUCAUCAAAAGCAUGCUUCGAAAAAAUCCAGAACUUAGACCCAGUGCUUCCGAGUUACUUGGUCAACCACAUCUUCGCCCCUAUGUCCUUAAAAUUCAUCUAAAAUUAAACAGCCCCAGAAGAAACACAUUUCCUGUAUGGUCCGAGUCCAACUAUGUAAGGAAAACAAGGUUUUUGGAGCCAGACGAUGUUUCCAUUCAUACUGUCGGUGAGAAAAGACAGUCAUUCAGCAAUGACAGGACCUUAAAUCCUAGUAUAUCUGGAACUGAACGAGACUCACCUUGUUUUAACAAGAGGACACGAGACUUCCCAGGUUGUCUGCAUCAUAAGGUUGCAGAGUUAUGUAUUAGCAGUGUUGAAGAAUAUGAUGUUGAAAAGACAGUCGCCACAAAGAUUUCAACCGGUGUCAAAACUCCAAGACCAACACCAGCAAAAGCUUCUUUUACUCCCAGGAGACAGAUAACACCAUCUGGAAUUCCUCAUAACGGCUCAAAACGUGAUUCACUUCCUAUUUCAUAUAUUCCAUCAAGAAAAUCUUCCCAGAUAGAACGAAGAGCAUCUCUUCCACUGUCAGUAAGAGCAGCUGCUCCAGAUACUCCAUUAGGUCUCCUUCGGAGCAUGGAGUCUCCUCAUAUCUCUGUCAAUGCCCCGCGAAUUGAUAAGAUUGCUGAAUUCCCCUUAGCAUCUUCUGAAGACCCCCUCUUUCCUGUCCGUAAAACUUCACCAUCAGCACAAUGCUCAUCUUCUUCACCAGUCAGUGUGGACGGGUCCAUAACAAAGGACAAGUGCAUGGUUCAGGUUGUGGAAACAGUCGCCUCCAAACCCAGCUUCACGGAUGCAAACCGUGUAGUAGCUCCACAAAAUGGCAGCCACUCCUCCGAACAUAAUCCUACUGCAGCUCCAUCGAGCCGUUCAUCUUCAGAGUCACAGCAUCAGCGUCGGUUCGACACAUCAUCGUACCAGCAACGUGCGGAGGCAUUGGAAGGUCUGCUAGAGUUCAGUGCACGUCUGUUGCAACAGGAAAGGUUUGAAGAGCUUGGAGUGUUGUUGAAGCCAUUCGGACCCGAGAAGGUGUCACCGAGGGAAACAGCGAUUUGGUUGACUAAGAGCUUUAAAGAGACCGCUGUGUAGAGAACCAAAAAUAAGAAAAAAAGUCUCUUGACAUUGUGUGAUUUGUCUAACGUUGUACAUAAAUGGAACCUUGUAAAUUAAAAUCCUCUUCCAUACUCAGAAGGAGGAUUUGACUGGGGACUUAAAUUAUUGUGUCUAAAACUCUUUGUUUGGAAAUUAAUUACACAAUCACGCCCAUUUAUUUGCGGUUUGGUGUUUGCA